UACUGUCUUUGCUACAGCUACUCCUCGAUGAUUGACAUAUACAUAUUGAUUAACGGACACAAAUCGUUGUCGUUUAUGGGUGGGGUUAACAAUAACUAAUGCAAUUCUAUCCCCCCCAUGUGGUGAGGAAGUAUUAUUGCAAGCACCUGGUUGAAAAUAUUUGGUCGCGGUUUGGUAAUGGCGUUAGAAAUUAAAACUUAUCGGAGACUGGCAUAUCUGCAUUAUCGCACGGGCAAAAGGUAAUGUAACUAGCUAUUGACUGCAUUGGUGGUUAGACUGGUUUGAACGGUUAAAAAGGUGCAUCAAGUUGCGCAGAUCAACCAGGGUAUUGUCCGUUCAAUUAUUGCUUCCAUCCGAGAUGAAACGUACGGUGGGCGUGGCUCCCUAUUUUCGUUUGGACUAACUAACCUCGGCAGCAGCUAAAUCAGGUGAGGCUGCACUCAUUCACCACACAAAUUCUGAUGAGGAUGACUAAAACUCCAGUGACCACAGUUCGAGCCCGAGGAGAAAGGGGGAUAUGAACCACAGUUGCACAAACGCGUCGGAGGAGCCAGUGUGGUCGACGAACGGGAAGACAGACUCCGCAAAACAUGCUGCUGAUUUCCCCUCACAUUGCGAAACCGUACACGAAAACGUCCCACAACUGGUGGUCACAUGUGACUCGAGCCGAAUUGAAUUGGAGGCCAUGAGGAUUAGCGGGCUCUCUAUUGGAUCUCAUCCCGACGAGGAGUCGAUUUGCUCGGACAGUGGGUUCGGAGGCUCCCCCGCGUCUCUUCUCCUCAGAAAACUGUCAAACGCCUCAUCGUCUGUGUUGUCACCAGCCUCGUCUUUUGAAGAAAAUGAGGACGACCGCAGCUGUCUUGAUGAGGUCCCCCGGGUGAGUAGUGUCACAUGGAAGAAACCCAGAAGCACAGGGACCUCGUCUCCCCUCUCAGUGCCCCCCAAGAAGCCACAGCCCUGGGUGCAAGUGGUCGGGCAUGCAGGGAGCUUCCAUGCAGGGGACUAUGGGAUGCUGCUGAAGCGCUACACUGAGGGAGAGCAAAAGUGCCUGCAGAGGCUAAUGGAGGACUCUCUGAGACCCUUUGUGCCAGGCUACCAUGGAGUGGUGCAGCGGGCCGAGCAGGACUACAACAUGAUGGACGACCUGCUCACACACUUCAACUCCCCUGCCAUCAUGGAUUGCAAGAUGGGCACCCGGACAUACUUGGAAGAGGAGCUGGUGAAGGCUCGGGAGCGGCCCCAGCCUCGUCAGGACAUGUAUGAGAAGAUGGUGGACGUGGACCCAGAGGCCCCCACUGCAGAGGAGCGAGCACUACAGGCAGUACUCAAGACCAGAUACAUGCAGUGGAGAGAGACCCUAAGCUCCACCACCACUCUGGGCUUCCGCAUCGAGGGACUCAAGAAGGCUGAUGGUGUGUGCAACACAAACUUUAAAAGGACCAAGAGCAGAGAAGAGGUGAUGCAGGCACUGCAGGACUUUGUGGGUUGCAGCGCUCUAAUUCUGAAGGGUUAUCUGAGACGAAUGAAGGAUCUUCGGCUGGUGUUGGAGACAUCCAUCUUCUUCAGAACACACGAGGUGGUGGGCAGCUCCCUACUAUUUGUGCAUGACAGUACAGGGAAGACAGGAGUAUGGAUGAUUGAUUUUGGGAGGACUGUCCCCCUGCCGCCGCCUCUCACCCUGGACCACCGCACCCCCUGGAUAGAGGGCAACCGAGAGGAUGGGUACCUGUGGGGGCUGGAUAACCUCAUUGAUAUCCUGACCGAUAUGCUGCAUCUCACCUGAACUGAACCUCACUCUUGAAUGACUGACACAGGACCUCAUCCCAUCCAGAACACCCUUUCCCACCUGAACCAAAUCCGAAUGGCCAUUUCAACUUUUACCUGAGAGGGUUGACAAACGAGACUGUUCACAUAUUGGACUCGGGUUGUGUGUUGGGGUUUAGGGGUUACUGGACUACCGUCUGUGGCUAUAAUGAAGGCAAUGGGAGAUGAACAGAGGUGUAUGUGAUGGACAAAGGAAAAUAGUAGCACAAGUUCCUCAGAAGAACUAGACAACAGCAAUGCAAAAUGAAACACUGCCCUUUUAUCAUCUUCCACAUAAUCCCCCCAAACAAAUGCCGCCAUUUUGUUCUAUUACAAUUGUACUUAAUAAUCAUCAGCUCUAAGUGUUUCUUACUCCAGGUUUGAGGGCUGUAGGACCUAAACAGUUAAUGUUGAUACUAUACUAUUAUGCUCCACAUAAUGGAGUGACCCUUAAUAGAGGACUCAUAAAACCUAGUAAAACAUUUGCGAACUGUGUUAAUGAA